AUGUGGUUAGGUCUGUUCAUAUUAUUUUAUUCUUUCAUUUUUAAUGAUGGAAAACAUUUCAAUGGAGGAACUAUCAGAUGGGCUCCUGUUGAUCCUUAUGAUAAUUCCUCUUCACUUGAUAUUACUAUUACACAAUCUUAUUCAUGGACAUAUCCAAAUGUAAAAUGUGCCAACAAUGUACCAAUUUCAUCUAGUGCAUAUGCUAGUACAAACAGUAAUCUGACUUGUGUUGUUGAUUGUUCGACUGAUGGUGGUUAUUCAAGUGCACCAAUUGAUAUUCUUACUAAUUGUACAUCAGCUAGUUCAUCAUUGAAUAUGAUGACAAGUGAACGAUUGAAAAAUAUUACUCUAUCUGCUGGUGCACAUUUUUAUCUAGCUUAUAGAGGAAAUGCUUGGCUACCAUUAAAUGAUCCUGCUGAAUCAAAUCUUGAGUGGUCAAUUGUAACAUACAUUGAUCUUCGGAAACGAUCAGAUGGUUUCAUUAAUACUCCACCUGUUGCCACAAUUGUUUCUCCACAAUAUGCGAUUGUAAAUAGAACAAUACAAAUUAAUAUUCCUGUAUCGGAUGCCAAUGCUGGUGAUGAUAUACGUUGUCGAUGGUCGACAUAUACAUCUGGAUAUCGAAGACGAAAACGAUCCAACAAAGAAGAACACAUCAACCAUCCAUCUGAUAAUCAUUUUUACGAAAAAUUAGAUAAUGAUAGAGAAUUCAUUCAUGUUAGGAGAAAAAGAGCUUGUAGUAAGGCCUGUACCACUUUGUGUAUAAAUGGUUGUCAAUGUAGUUGUGAUGAAUGCGAUCCGACAAUAUGUAAUGGUACAUCAUGUACUCUAAGUAGUGGUUGUGCAACACCAGUAACUACGACUACAGUCGUUGCGCCAUUCACAACCGUUGCGACACCUACAACCACUAUAAAAACUACAACAAUCACAAUCAAUAUAACUACUACUGAAACUCAAGGAACACUAAAAUCGACUUCAUCAUAUCCAAUCCGUCAGGCAGUUGAUGAAUGUAGUGAUAUUUGUUAUCCAAGCAGUGUACCUAAUGGUACAAACCUGUCCGACUGCAGCAUCACAUUCACAGGUCGCAAAGCUGGCGUUUGGUAUGCAAUUGCUGUUCAGGUAAGCACAUUUUUAUUCAUGCAUCACUAA